AAAAAAUACAUAUAUAAACCCACCCAUCGUUGUCCCACUUUCGGUUGAAAUGACAAGACUUUGCCCAAACCCAGAGGAUGCAGAAGGAGAGACAAAAUCUGUUUAACAGCAAAACUACUAGAUAAAGGACCUUCACACAUGGAGCAAAAGGACACAAUGCAUGCCUAUUACAUGAAACAGGCACUACUGAUGGGAGAAAAAGCCCUUCAAUUAGGCGAGACGCCUGUAGGAUGUGUCCUAGUAUAUGCUGGUAAAAUAGUCGGCACUGGAAUGAACGACACAAAUAGGUCGAUGAAUGGUACUAGACAUGCUGAAUUUGUUGCUAUUGAAGAAGUGCUACGAAGCUACUCAAAAUCUAUAUUGCGCUCUACAGAUCUCUAUGUGACUGUUGAACCAUGUAUCAUGUGCGCCUCUGCGCUGAGACAGUAUCAGAUACGAAGCGUAUACUUUGGCUGUGCCAACGAACGCUUUGGAGGGACAGGAAGCAUCUUGUCAUUGCAUUCUGAUCAUUCAAUCGAGCCUGGUUAUCCAGUAUAUGCUGGUCUAUUUGACAAGGAGGCCAUUAUGCUCCUCCGACGCUUUUAUAUACAGGAGAAUGAGAAAGCACCCAAUCCUCGCCCCAAGAAGAAUCGAGAACUAAAUACAAAAUUUAGAGACUGUGCGGAAGAUGACCUAAUCAUAUGAUCUGGAUCCAAAAUUCCCAACCACGCCCUUCUCAUGCCGAAGGUAGUCCGACUACAAUG